GCUUAAUUUUCAGACAAAUUAAUUCAAUCAAAUAUAUAAUCCAUGCAUAUCGAUGCUUAAAGCAAUAAUAUAUCCAGCAAAAUUCUACUAAUAAAUUAAAUAGGCCAAUUAAACACGCUAACUAAGCUAGCUAAGCUAGGCCGGUACUUAUCAUCAUAUAAACCAUUCAUUUAGUAUUCGAUCUUAUAACAUAUUUUCUCCGUUCUUUUUUUUAGUUUGGGCAAGAAGAUCAAGAUCGAGUUUUAAGAGUUGAGAUUUCUUAAUUUGUAUACAACGUACGAUGAGAAACAGUUUAGGAUCGUACAAAAUGCGUGGUCUGAUGGAGCUUCUUCAACUCUAUAGAGUGAAAACGAGUAAUGCUGUUUUUGCUACUUCAUCUAGCCGAAGAAUUGGAUUUGGAGAUAAUAAUAAUAAUAAUAAUAAUAAUAAUAAUAAUAAUAAUAAUAAUAAUAAUAGUUCCUUAAACGUGCAAUUUUCUGAAGCUGGAUUUGUUCAUACUGAUUCUGCUUCUACUUCUGGCGGAAUAGUGGGAGGAGAUGGGAAGCCAACACCUUCGCCUAAACCACCAUCUCCAACUCCGCGGCCACCACCACCACCACCUAGACGUGUCCCGUGGUUAAAAAUGGUUUUGGGCACGAUGUUUUCUCUUCUUCUAGCAUUUUGGGCACCUAAAUGGACAACUCUGCUCAAAAUUGGAGGAGAGGCGGAAGUAGUGAUGAAAGAAGUAGAACAAGCGGCGGAAGUAGUGGAGAAGGUGGCAACGGUGGUGGAGAAAGUAUCGGAAGAGAUGGCUAAUAAACUUCCAGAUGAUAACAAAAUUAAGGAAGCAGCUUUGGUUAUUGAGCAUAUUUCACAGGAGGCAGCCAAGGAUGCACACAUAGCUGAACAAAUCAUACACAAGGUGGAAAAGAUUAAACAAGACCUUGAAGACGUGGAAGAGACAAUAGAGCCCAUUAUUGAAGAAAUUGAACGUCACAAGAAAGUCUAAUGGUGCAGUUAACAGCAAUCUGUAGCAAACACUAACACAAGGAAUCCAUUUUAAGUUGUUUUGACGUUUCAAGUGUGUGUAUCUUUGGAUUUUGGGCAGUCGAUCUAUAUAAUUGGCCUAUUUAACUCUAUUGAUUUUAUUUUUCAACAGGUCUAAUGUUCGAAUCCCCUUCCCCGUUUGAAAUUAUAUUGUUUUAUGGCUAAUUCGCACUAAGAAUAUACUCCAUAUACAAUAUUUAUUUUA